AUGCUCGUUAUCCAAUCAGCCUAUCACGUUCGCCUACCAACACAUCGCUUUUUUCAUCAGAAAAUUCUGGUAACCAGCGGUGGAGCUUACGGAGAUCUGCAAAGGGUUUCAGCCAACGGCAAUCUGGCAAUUUGUUGUUACGUACAGUUUCCUCUCACCUUAAAUGUUAUUAAGUACACGCUGCUACACUCUCCUAAGGACCUUAAAGGAGCAUCAACGCCUCAGUACGCUUCCACAUUUGUUGACAGUAAAGGCUAUAUCAGAGGACGUAAAGGGAGCCAACGCCUUCAGAGCUCUUCCACGCUUCAUCAACGGCGGCAGAGGGGAGCAGCUCCACAUUUGUUGACGGUAAAGGUUAUACCAGAGAAGUUAAGGAAGCCAACGCCUUCAGACCUCUUCCACGCUUCAUUAACGGCGGCUGAGGGGAGCAACUCCAUUGUUGGCAUCAGGUUUAUAUCAGAGGACAGCUCUUCCACGCUUCAUCAACGGCGGCUGAGGGGAACAACUCCAUUUUUGGCAUCAGGUUUAUAUCAGAGGACGUUAAUGGAGCCAACGCCUUCAGAGCUCUUCCACGCUUCAUCAACGGCGGCAGCUCCACAUUUGUUGACGGUAAAGGGGGGGAAGUUUCAGCCGCUCGUUUAA